AUGGAAAUCGAAAGUGGAAUUAUUCUUCUUUGCGUCUUCUGGACGAUUGACCUUUGGGUAACAAAAGCCACAUCGACUGAAAAUAGUUCUAGAAAUGAAAGGCUACUGAAGGCCAUAAACUGUACUAGUAACAAUCUGUCGAAUCUUGACAUUAUUUAUCUCCUAGUAAAUCUUAGUAACACAGAAAAUGAAUACUUGAGUGAAUAUUUGCGCGAAAAGAAUUAUGCAUCGCUUAAAAUGAUGAUCGAUCAAAAAAGAUAUCAAUUAUUACAAGUAAAUGAUAUGCUUUCGACUGCUGAAGAUCAAACUCCGGAAUCUUGGGAAAGAAACGUUGUUAAUAUCCUAUCCAACACAACUAUUCCAUUCAAUUUAACCCAAGAACAACUAAAAUACGCUGAAGCAUACCGAAAUGCCACAAUAUACAGCAUUAUUCGUGCUUUAUGGAAUACGAAAGUAGCGCAAGAACUGCCACAAAUUGAUCAAUAUGCUAUACUAGAAUACUACAACGAAAAACAGAUGGAAGAAGAAUCACAGCAGAGUAUUUUGAUCUGGUUAUGGAAUAUGAUAAGAAAUCUAUUUGAAAAAAAUAUUGAUGUACAUGAGUGUUAUGCAAAUGAGCCAAAAUGUGUUCGAGAAGUGCUGGACCAUUGCAAUGCGCAGGAGAUGGAGCGCUUACAACAGGCCAGUGAUACUAAUGAUCUCAAGCUUAUCAAUGAUUUUAUCAGAAAAAAAUUAGGCAAUAAUUUGGACAGCUACAUUGAAUAUGACAAAUGGAAUAAAGAAAACGAUGUUCCUGAAGCACUCAAAGAAAUCAACCGUCGAUUAAGCCAAGCACAACGAAGAGCAAUGGAUAAAUUACGAAGGCUUGAGCAAACAGAUAAAAUCAAGGAUUUCUAUCGAGAUAACAUCGAGAAAACAUGUCUUUCAAAACAACAGUUAGCGGAGAGUGGUGUAAUGAUUGAGAUCAGGGAUGAUUCGCUACUAUGCAUUCGUGGUUUGAUACGCGGCCCUCCAGAUAGCCCGUAUGAGGGUGGCACGUUUGCAUUGGACAUGACCAUUCCGGAAGACUAUCCUUUUCAGCCACCCACCUGCAAAUUUGUCACUAAACUUUGGCAUCCCAAUAUAAGUUCGCAAACUGGUGCAAUUUGCUUAGAUAUUUUGAAAGAGCAGUGGGCUGCUUCUCUAACUUUGCGCACUGUAUUGCUUAGUAUACAAGCAUUACUGGGUUCACCGGAGCCAACUGAUCCGCAAGAUGCUGUUGUUGCCAAGCAGUAUAUGGAGAAUAUAGAUCUUUAUAAGCGCACAGCCAGAUUUUGGUCCCAAUGUUAUGCUAAAGCGGAAGGAAUUCGUGAUGAUGAGCUGUGGAAUAAAGUAGACAAACUUAAAGACAUGGGUGUUAAGCAGGAUGAAGCUAUCUCGGCAUUAAGUUGCAGUUCGUGGGAUUUAUCGAAAGCCACAGACUACGUUUUCGGUUAA